AAGCUGGACAGAUACUAUCGUUACAAUGGAUCUCUAACCACCCCACCCUGCUUCCAGAGUGUCAACUGGACUAUCUUUAACCAGACCAUCACCCUGUCCGAGCAACAGGUUCGACCCCAAAGUCAGAGUGGGCUUGUAAAUUAUACCACAGUAAAUCUAUCUCUACAUACACUUGUACACAUAUAUACCCCAUUUAUUCAUGUCAGAUGGAUUGACUAGAGCUAAUCUAUUUCUGUGUUCAUGCAUGAAAGUGACCAGGUACCCAGCAGUGUAUGGAGUUAAGGUGUACCAAGUAUAAAAUCAAUGAAUUAGAGAGACAUUCUAGGCACUAUAACCAUUUUAUAUAAUUGAAGUGGUUAUGGUGCCUGAAGUUCCCCGGUGCUAUCCCUCCAUUUAGUGUCAAACCAUUUCAUCUCAUUGAAGUGGUUAUAGUGCCCCUAGUCCCCUGGCAUUAUCCCUCCAUUUAGUUUUAAACCAUUCCAUCUCAUUAAAGUGGUUAUAGUGUCUGGAUUUCCCUGACGCAGUUCCUCCAUUCAGCAUUAAACCAUUUGCCAGCAGUUUAACACAAUAUAAGGGUCCCUGGCUUCCCAUGGCUUUGCCCCUCCUGGGUGUGGCUAAUAUACUUCCUUCUAACCAUACCAAUUCAUACCAGCAAUGAGGGCUGUGAUAGGCUGAAAGCAGUCAGCUGACACUCUUAUUCAAUCACAGCCACCCAUUGCUGCUCAGGCUUAUACUUCCUCAUUAACACACAGCACAGAGGCGAUGGGGCUGCUGGGAGUCUCUCGUUUAACAUUAAAAGCGGUUUAAAACUGAAUGGAGGGAUGGCACCAGGGGACUCCAGACACUAUAACCACUUCAGUGGGAUGAAGCAUUUACAGUGCCUUUUAAUCACAAUCUCAAAAGAAUCACCAUAAUUCACUGAUUUCACACCAGAAUUCUACAUAUAUUAUGAGGGUUUGUCCAAUAUAUCAGGGGUCCCAAAAACAAAAUGGCGUCAUGCAAAUAUUUCUCAAAUCUAACGAGGGAUCAUUUACUUUCUGUGUACUCCACACAAAUACGAAUACAGCAUGUUAUAUAUAUAUAUAUAUAUAUUGUUACUGUGUGAUAGAAAUGUGAUGAUGAGUAAUAAUUGUAAUAUUUUUCUCCCAGCUUGCCACACUGGAGGACAGUAUACAUUCUGACCAUGACCACGUCCUGCAGAUGAAUUUCCGACAGCCACAGAGUCUUAAUGGGCGCCUGGUUCUGUCGAGUUUUG